AUGUACAACGUUCUGUUUAUCCAAAAGCCUCCGUGGCGUAUUGUCCGCACUGCACCCUCUACUAUUAGUAAGAAAGGUGAUGAUGUUAUCGGCACACCCCUGCACUCUGCGUGGUUGCCAAUAGUGCACCUACCUGAACCAGGUACGCGCCCGCGUGUUAUGGCCUAUGAUCUUGGGUUUACCGGGCAUCUGGCGAGCGCUACUGACCUCACCUCCUUGGCUGCGGAGAUUGGGUUGCAACGGGCGUCAUUUGUGAACCCGGGGCCGACCCACUUCCCGCGCAUCGUGGGAAAUCGCGCUAGCGUGAUUGACCUCGUCUUUGUGCCUCCGAACCAGCUCCUGACUUCACAGGCGUUCCGGCAUAUUGAGACAGGCCUUAGGUGCAUCGACGCCGAGCUCCCCCUUGAAACUCCUGACCAGAUCGACGCGGUGGCACAAGCUGUUGUCGACAUCCUUUCUAGUGCAUGGGAUUCAUGCUCUAGAGAGGUCACCAUUGUCCGCCGCUCUAAGAAGUGGUGGAACAACAGCUGCGCUGUCGCCCUCCAGUUGUGGCGUGCUACCGGCACACCGGAAGACUGGAAAACCUUUUGCAAAGCCUGCAAGGAUGCGAAGCGCAAGUUCUUCAAUACCCGUAUAUCAGAGAUCUCCGAAGUCAACAAGCGCGCCUAG